UCCAAGAUGGCGGAUGGACUCGCCAGUUUAUUGUGUAGUAAUGAGAGGUUUCUCAAACGAUUUCAAGCUUUAAAACCUUCUUCAUUCUUUAGUUAGUGAGUAUUAAAAUGGAUUUAUCGUCGAGAGAGGAGAGACAUAUUAGAUGGUUGGCUGAAGAAGCAGAAUUGAAUCAAAAACACGAAGAAAUACUCGCUAAACGAGAAGUGCUGCUUGCUUCAUCAGCAAGUCUCUAUGGCAACAAGGAAARGAAAAAGAAAACAAUGAAACAUGAUUAUUUGAAAGCAAAAGCCAGGAAUGACCAGUUAAUAAAGGAAUUUGAAUUGACACAAGAAAGCUUAAGGAUGAAAGCCCAUAACCCCAGUGGUGCAUCAUUCAUUGCUUUGAGAGAUAGCUAUUUUGCCGCAGUUGAGAGAGAGUGGCCCCAGUGGUACAGAAAAGUAGUCUAAACAACCAAAUCUCUCCCUGGAAUCUCUUGAUGGUGCUGUGGCUCAUAUGGUGAAAUCAAGUAGAUGUACGAUGAUGAAAUCUGUUUUGAUUGGUUCUUCAGAAAUCUAUUAACUAUUCUAAGGGGUACCACCACAUGACUCAAAACUCCUUAUACUAGUGCUAGUAUUACUCAUGUUGGUUGAUCUAACAAGAGAAGCUAAUGAGGAAUGUUUUGUUAUCGCCAACCAACAUGGCGGCUAUGACGUAACAUGCACCCCAACAAUAGGAGGAUACCUAUCAAAUAACGGCCGUGUUGGUUGAU